AUGCAACCAAAUGAAAAUUUCAGCUUUGCCCACUGCAGAGAAACAGCAGACUGGCUCUUGGCUCAUAGCAAGCAGUGCCCAAAAAUUGCCAUCAUCUGUGGUUCCAGACUGGGGCCACUGGAGGACAGCUUGAUGAACCCGGUGUCUUUCCGAUACGCAGAUAUUCCCAACUUUCCACGCUGCACAGUGAAAGGCCACGACGGGCAUCUCGUCUUCGGGGAGCUGCAGGGCAAGCUGACUGUCUGCAUGAGAGGGCGCUUCCAUGUGUAUGAGGGUUACCCUCUUUGGCAGACCUGCGAAUGUCUAAAUGCAAGGAUUAGUCGCAAGGUUACUUCUUCAUCCCUGUCGUUAACUGUGAACGGUCGGUUUGGGCCCCACUUCCUGGCACUCCUGGGUGCUUACAACCGACAGCUCUGUGCCCUGGCCAUGGAGACUGCCCGGUGCCCUGGAUAUGCCUCGUUCGCCAGGCAGGGCGUAGACUGCGUGGUCGGGGGCCCUGGUUUUGAAUCUGUGGCCGAGGCUUGGCUGCUGCAGAUGCUCGGGGCAGAUGCUGUGGGGAUGAGCACUGCGGCAGAGGUCCUGGUGGCCAGGCACUGUGGGCUCCGCGUCUUCGGUCUCUCGCUGAUCACCGGCCAAGUGAGGAAGGACUACAAUGCCAAAGAGCCCACUGACCAUCAGGGUGUGCUGGAGGCAAGCCAGAGGCGAGUCGCUAGCCUACAGGCCCUCCUCGCAGGGCUGGUGGGGGGGCUGGAUUGCCGCAGUGGCAGCACUACAGAAGAGCCCAAGAACAGCGCCUGA